GUUCUUUUGUGGCAUCAGCGGCGCUUUUCUCUCUUCACAAUAGCUAAAGAUAAUUUAACUAAUUUAUUAAACCGUUGCAUAAACAAACAGAGGGCGCGGGGCCUCGUCUUAACGCAGUCCAGCUGGAGGGCCAUGCUGUCGGACGCAGAUUACUCCGGGAACGGCUCCGGUACCCGCAGAGCCAGGAAGCGGAGCUCCGGGGAGUCCCCGGGAGACGGACAGACGCUGCGCUCCUCCGGCAGGCAGAGCACGGCCCGCGUGAAGCGCAGCAACAACCCCCCACCUGGACAGAAUAAAAGAAAAGCCACAGAAACGGAGGAGGAAGAUGAUCAGGCCGAGAAGAAGUACAGGAAGUGUGAGAAGGCCGGCUGCUCGGCCACGUACCCCGUGUGCUUUGCCAGUGCGUCGGACAGGUGCGCAAAGAACGGAUACACGUCUCGCUGGUAUCACCUGUCGUGUGGCGAACAUUUCUGCAACGAGUGCUUUGACCACUACUACAGAAGCCACAAGGAAGGCUACGAGACCUUUGUUUCCUGGAGGAAGGUGUGGACCAGCAACGGGAAGAGUGAGCCCAGCCUUAAAGCCUUCAUGGCCGACCAGCAGCUUCCGUUCUGGGUUCAGUGCACCAAAGCGGACUGCAGGAAGUGGCGGCAGCUGACCAAAGACAUCCAGCUCACCGCCUCUCUGGCAGCGACGUACCGCUGUGGGAUGAAGGUCAACAACGUCAAGACGGAGGGACCCGACCCGUGUUCCCAGCCCGAGGACCUGAGAGUGGCGGAGGUGAGCCACAGCUGGUGGCAGUCCAUGCUGAUUUUACCGCCGCUGCUGAAGGACAGCCCGGCCGGCGCCUUCCUAUCGGCGUAUUACCCCGACUGCGUGGGCAUGAGUCCGUCAGGCUCUCCCUGCAACGUGUCCACGGCCGAGCUGAGGGCCGACCCCUGCAGAGCCGUGCAGCCGCAGAUUCCAGGCCUGAGUCCGUACUUCCAGCCGUUCUACCAGCCCAACGAGUGCGGCAAGGCUCUGUGUGUGCGGCCCGACAUGAUGGAGCUGGAUGAGCUGUACGAGUUCCCGGAGUUUUCCCGGGAUCCCACCAUGUACCUGGCUCUGAGGAACCUUAUCCUGGCCUCCUGGCACCGCAACUGCAAGGAGGUGCUGACCGCUGAGAGGUGCGCUCAGCACAUCGUCGUCCGUGGGUUGGUGCGUGUGUUCUGCGUGGACGAGCUGGACCGGGUUCUCCACUUCAUGACCAGGAAGGGGUUGAUCAACACCGGCGUUCUGGCCGUGAAACGGCCUCUGCUGCCUGAAAAAUACUGCACUAAGAAGGUGAUCGUCGUCGGCGCCGGCGCCUCAGGACUGGCUGCGGCCCGCCAGCUGCAGAACUUUGGCACCCAGGUGGUGGUGCUUGAGGCCCGGGACAGAAUCGGCGGCCGGGUGUGGGACGACGCGUCUCUGGGCGUCACGGUCGGCCGCGGCGCUCAGAUCGUCAACGGCUGCGUGAACAACCCCGUCGCUCUGAUGUGUGAACAGAUGGGCGUCAGGAUGCACAAGCUGGGCGAGCGGUGUGAGCUCUUCCAGGAGGGCGGGCGCGCCACCGACCCGGCCAUCGACAAGCGCAUGGACUUCCACUUCAACGCCAUCCUGGAUGUGGUGUCGGACUGGAGGAACGACAAGUCGCAGAACCAGGACGCACCACUAGGAGAGAAGGUCCAGGAAAUAAAGAAGAACUUCCUUCAGGAGUCUGGGAUGCAGUUCAGCGACUUGGAGGAGAAAGUGCUUCAGUUUCAUCUCGGUAACCUGGAGUUCGCCUGUGGAAGCACGUUAGACCAGGUAUCGGCCCGAUUCUGGGACCACAACGAGUUUUUUGCCCAGUUCUCAGGAGACCACACUUUACUAACCAAGGGUUACUCAGUUUUACUCCACAAACUUGCUGAAGGGCUCGACAUCCGCACUAACUGUCCGGUUCAGGCCGUAGACUACUCAGGCGAUGUUGUUAAAGUUACCUGCUCUAACGGAUCCCAGUGGACCGCUCAGAAGGUCCUCGUUACUGUGCCGCUGACUCUGCUUCAGAAGAACCUGAUUAGCUUCAGUCCGCCGCUUCCAGAAAGGAAGCUGAAGGCAAUCCACAGUCUGGGAGCGGGCAUCAUAGAAAAGAUUGCUCUUCAGUUUCCGACCCGAUUCUGGGACUCUAAGAUCCAAGGCGCUGAUUACUUCGGUCACAUCCCGCCGUCUCCUGAGAAGAGAGGCAUGUUCAGCGUCUUCUACGACCUCGACCCGCAGGGAAAACAGGCUGUGCUGAUGUCCAUCAUGUCUGGUGAUGCUGUUUCUGCUGUUGAGAACCUGGAGGACAAGCAAGUGGUUGAUGAGUGCAUGAAGGUCCUGCGAGAGCUUUUCAAAGAGCAGGAGGUUCCAGAGCCGCUGAGUUAUUUUGUGACCCGUUGGAGCAAAGACGUGUGGUCCCAGAUGUCCUACAGCUUUGUGAAGACAGGGGGCAGCGGAGAGGCCUACGACAUCCUGGCAGAAGACCUGCAGGGAAAAGUUUUCUUUGCUGGCGAGGCCACAAACCGACACUUCCCUCAGACUGUGACCGGAGCCUACCUCAGCGGCGUCAGAGAGGCCAGCAAGAUGGCCGCCAUGUAACCGGAUCGCCCCCCCGGCGCCGCCUGAAACACCAGCACCAACUCCUGCGUGUCAGACAGACCAACAUGCUGCUGAUGGCCUCGGACUGAGCGGGUCAACCGUUGUCCUGCUGCAGGGUCGGACUCUCCUGGACCACCCAGAGAAAGGCUUUUUAUUUAAAUCUUGAAGUGAUGCAGACUGCAGCUCUGCGUAGAUUCACUUUUAUGGAGGUUGGAAGCAUGAUUUAGGCUGAACAAUAAUUAAGUUUCAAAAUUUAAGCUGCAUGAAAUGUGGGUAAACUCAUCAUGACUGAACAGAUUAUGUGUAAUUUGGAGGAAAUCAUGCGAUCGUGGAAAAUCUCCUGAGUGAGAGUCGUUCCUCCACAAGUUUCCCGCCUGAAAGGAUUUCUGAUGUGUAGUUUUUGUAGUCGAUGUUUUAAUCGAAUCGAUGGUGAAUUGUUAGAUUUAGUCAGACUGAUUCUUCCGCAGCACUUUUGAUUUAAAACGGUAAGAAAGGAAAUGAUUCUGACUGAGUGGACCUCGCCGUUCACAACUCCACAGACUCUUCGGUGUCUUUCUCAGGGAUCUUAUCAGGAAAACCAGCGCUUACACUAACAGACAGGUUUCACUGUGUCGGCAUAAAAACGGCUGAAAUCUUUCACGUCUGUCUCCUGAAAAGUGAUGUUCCUGAGAUUUGGACUCGGAGCAGCAGAACGUCUUCACUUUCUCCUGAUUCAUUUUGAUUACUGAGGAUUCAUGUGCGACCUGAUGUGUCCGUGCUCACGUCCUCUGAGUGUUUGUCCUGUAUGUGUGUAAUAAACUGAGCUAAAAACUGCCACAAAGA